AUGAGAUCUGUGGAAGAAUCUCGGUCAUUAUGGAAUACCACUUUCCACCAGCCAGAGAUACAUUCUCUACAUGAAUUGAAACAGGUUUUAGAAGCUGGAGCCAAAGGAGCUAAUCCAUGUGAGGAUGGACUGCGGUCAGUGUGUUGGAAGGCAAUUCUCUUGCAUAGGGAGAUAGAUCGGUCUCAAUGGUCGAUACAGCUGUCGGACUCGAGAGAGGCGUAUACGUCGGUCAGACAGCAUUUUCUAAAAUAUAUCAACAACCCGGAUGAGUUGCCCUCCACGGUUGACCCGCUGGCAGAGGAUGCUGAAUCACCAUGGGAAUCGCUUCGACGAGACGAGUUGAUUAGAGAUGAAAUAUCCCAAGAUGUCGAAAGAUGUUUACAGGAAAACAGCUUCUUUCACGACCCAAUUGUCAAGCUUAGGCUGCUUGAUAUAUUAUUCGUAUUUGUAAAGCUAAAUCCGGACCUGGGCUACAGGCAAGGGAUGCAUGAGCUGCUUGCUCCUAUUUUAUGGGUAGUGACGCAGGAUGCUAUUGACACUCAAACCCUGAAUGAAGAUACAGCCUUCGCUGCCUGCGGCGAGGAAGCUCUGAUGCUGCAGUGCCUUGACCCUACUUAUAUCGAGCAUGAUUCCUUUAUACUAUUCUGCUCCGUAAUGCAGACAGCUAAAGAGUUCUAUGAACAUAACGAUAGCAAGAAUAACGGGGGAAAUGUGGAGGCUUCGUCUAUCAUUUCACGAAGCCAGCAUAUUCAUCUUGGCCUCUUGCGCAAGCUGGAUCCAGAGCUGGCGGACCAUCUCGUUGCAAUCGAAGUCCUACCGCAGAUUUUUCUGACAGAGUUCCCCUUCGAGGAUGUUCUUGCUCUCUGGGACUUGAUUAUUGCUGAAAAUGUGAGGUCGUCACUUAUCGAUAUGAUCUGUGUCUCUAUGUUGUUGCGAAUUCGGUGGCAGUUGAUGGAGGCCGACUACUCGACUGCCUUGUCUCUGCUUCUACGGUACCCUUCUCCAGAACCAAUCAAGCCGCGAAUUUUCGUUCUGGAUGCGGUCUAUCUCGAACAUAACACAACGUUCGAGGGCGCCUCAUACCUUGUCACUAAAUACUCCAGCAAACCCAUCCCCCAGAGGGCACAAAAUAGCAUGUCUCCUCCCAUUGGAGCCUCCUUCCCCACCAGACAGAAGAGCCGCUCCCUUACCCGUGAUAUUUUCAAUAGUCCCGGCAGCUCCCCUAACAGACUGACUUCCAAACGCCUGGAUUCGAUAUUCCAAGACGUUUCUGAAGGAUUAUAUCGUCGUGCGGAAGGCUGGGGGGUGACGAAGGCGGUACGCGGUGCAGUGACCGAAGCUCGUCGCAACAUGCAAGGUCUUCAAGCGGGCGCAGCCAAUUCGACAUUAUUUAACCAUGAUGGUCCGGCGUGGGACUCCCCAAGCCCGCCACGGAUAUCUUUUGCUACGGUAAGGGAAUUGAAUUUGAAGGUGUCUACGAUGGAGGAGCGAAACAAAGCCUUGGCAACGAUGUUGGACGAUGCAUUAAAUACUCUACAAAGCCAGCCAUCCACAGCCAAGGAGAAAAACGUAGUAGGCUGCGAAGGCAUAUCGGCGAUGGAUGAUGCUGUCGCUAGAAUCCGAAGAGUGAAAGCCUGCCUUGAGGAUGCGACGAUUCCACUUGGCUCCGGAGAUGCCUCUGGAGCAAAACAACAGCCAUCCAUCACUCGGAGCAGCGAGGAUUCUCCGACAAGAAGAGAAGUCGACCAAGCUGACUUACAGAAGACUACAGACAGUUCUUCCUCUGAGCAACCAUCGCAGCAAAGGUCAAACGGAGAUACGAGCGCCAUCAUCGAGGCCAGCAAGGAGCCGCAGUCGCCGCCAAGCAGCAUAAACACCCCGUUGCCGAGGACAAAGAGGCAUCCGAGCCGGCCAACACGAACCUCGGUACGGGACUCAUCUUUCUCCUGGAUCCUGGGCGACGAUCAGGCCAGGCCAAGCUUCGCAACCAGUGCAUCCGCGCCUCCCGAGCAGAGGCGAGAACCCCUUAAAUCUCUCUUCUCUGAUCCUGAGGGCGACAGCCGGACAGCCGGGGGUCUGCUGCUAUCUGAUUUACAGCACGCGCCACAGUCGAUGCAUCAGCAGUCUCCCAACCAGACAUAA